CCCGAUUUCGGCCAGCUGACUCUGGAUCACUCCAAAACAACCUCGAAAUAUAGGUAAUCGAUCAUGCUGAGUCGAGUGGUGAUAUUGAUUUAAGUUUUAAAGCGAUUGAAAUCAUUAAAUUAAAUAUUUCUGAAAUUUUUAUAUUCGGACGUUAUGUCGCACUAUGCGGCGUAUUUAAUCGAUAUUUCAAAAAAGUUUAAUCUAGCGAAUUAAUUCGCUUCAAAACUGAAAAUAAACAUCACCACUCGACUCAGCAUGAUCGAUUACCUAUAUUUCGAGGUUGUUUUGGAGUGAACCAAGGUCAGCUGGCCGAAAUCGGGGCUCUCAGGAAACUACUUAUAUUUCCUGAACAGCACAAGUUAAAGAGCUGGGCCUUGUGUACAUCAAUAGAGAACAAUUUUCUCUAUCGAAUGGCUGUAUUAGAAUUUCACAUCCAACGGGAAAUCUUUUCUCCAGGCAGUGCCCAAUAUGUCAAGCGAAAACUCAUCAGCUUUCGAUAUUUCUUAAUAAAGAAUAUUAUUCUCUUUCGAAUGUUGAAAGUCGCAGGUCUCUAGUUGCUUCCUAUCCGGAGUUAUUCAACUUACAACCGACUCCAUUGUUCAUUGAAAUGGAUAGUAGUAGACUAAGACGUUUAUUUACAUUGAAUCAUAUUUAUGAGAAAAUACUUAAAUUUUUAUUUUCAUCCAGAUAAAUUUUUGACGUGUUCCACAUUGCACGUGCAGUGUUUUACAGAACUUCUGAAAACAUAUUCAGAAUGAGCAUAAUAAAAUUCUAAAUCCUAGCGUAUUGCCUACCCAUACAACUACAGCUUAUACUGAUUUCUAAACAAGAUUUAUGUAAGACUUGUGUUUCUUAUUUUUCUGUUCAUUUUUUUCUCUCCUUUUUUAGUUUUUCACUCUUUUUGUUGUUGCUUAUAUUCUGCUUUCCAUCUAUACGAAAUAAUGAUCGCUAUCAUGAGUGUCCCUCACUCGCUUGUGAUCAUUACUAGUUAUUACUUCUCAUUUUAAAUAAAAUACUUUAAACUAUACCUUUGAAAUCUUUUAGAGCGUUUUUAUGUUACUUUGGUACUGUAAAGGUUAAUCAAACAUUUAUAUUGAUGAGGGUUAAUGUUCCGUUUUUCUAUUCUAAUGAAGAAAGAGAAAAAGAAGAAAGCAGUAAGGCAAUGAAGAUUAAUGUGUACCUAUAACUCAGAUAAUAAAAUCUAUAAUGAUAUGUAUUGAUAAAAAAAAGAACCUUCUAUUAUUUAUUUUAUCUUUCUUCUUUUUCUUUUUGAUGGUUAUAUUAGAUUAUAUUCAAGGAAUUGUAUGAGUGAAUAGUUGAAAGAACGUUAGAUAUAUUUUAGUAUUAUUUUAAAUAAAAUGAAUUUUACUAAACAAAUUAUAGCUAAUUAUUAUAAACAAAAAUAUUGUUUACGUACACGUGUUAAUUUAAGACCAUGGAUGACAAAAAUAGAACAACAAGGAGACAUGGGAAGUUGUGCCGCCGAAGCGAUUGCUGGUGCUAUUGAAUAUUUAUAUAAACGUUAUGCUGGUGUACAUGUUGAUGUUAGUCGUUUAUUUAUAUAUUUCAAUGCAAUGGUUAUUGGAGAAAAAACUGUACAUUUAAAAGAAGAAACGGGUAGUAGUAUAAAUGAUGCUAUUGAAGGUGUUGUACGAUAUGGUGUAUGUGAAGAAAAAUAUUGGCAACAUAAAAAAAUUUUAGUUAUACAACGUCCAUCAAUUGAAGCAUAUCGUCGAGCAGCAGAAGUUACUAUUAUACCUUUAAAAGUAGAACCAACUAUACAUAGUAUGAAAAAAUGUUUAAAUAAUAAUUUACCAUUUGUUGUGGGUUUUCAUACAUCAUUAUUAAAUGUUGAUGAUAUACAAAAAGUAAAUGGUGGUUAUUUACGUAAUGCUGGUAAAGAUGAAAAUCAUGCUGUACUUGUUGUUGGUUAUAAUGAUAAUACACAAUUAUUUCUUGUACGAAAUUCUUGGGGAGAAGAAUGGGGUGAUGAAGGCUAUUUUGUUAUUCCAUAUAAAUAUUUAACAGAUUGGAAUUAUAUGGUACAUGGUACAGGUAUAUGGGCUAUUAGAAAUGUUAUACCACGACCACCAGAAUUACAAUUAGCAAAUCCUUUUGAUUUUACAAAAAAAGGUCGAGCUCAUCAUCGUUUAAGGAAUAGAAAAUAUUAUCGUCGUGCACUAAAAAUACGUCGACAUUGA